AUGACUCGGUUGACAGCGCAGUACUUCCAAUGUAAAGUGGAAGGCUCAUGUGUGAACCUCGCUGGUGGUAUGCAGUUCCCUAAUGCAGAUGAGAGUUACUUCCACGUUUGGGAGUUUGCUUGCUUCAUUCUUCUGGGUAUAUUCUUUGGCCUUAUGGGUGCUAUCUUUUGUCAGGGCGUGCGCUACUUCCAAUACUACAGACGGGUCUUCUUUCAUCUCUACUCCAAUGGGAAGGAUCGUCGGAGAUUCGGUCAGGUGGUCGAAGCUGGGUUGGUGAUGCUUAUCACCAUCCUGUUGGCUUAUGGGGUAUCUUGGUCGGAGAUGGGCGCGUGCAAACCACUGGAUGGACAGAGCUAUAUUCCUAACGAUGGUAUACAAGCGGCUAUGUGCGAUGAAGGGGUGGAUAUGGGCUACUACAACCCACUGGCGGCUAUGCUCCUCACUGAUAGGGACACCUCAGUGAAGUGGCUAUUCUCACCUCGAUUAGGCGAAGCGGAGUUCCCACAGGGACAGUUGGCAGCUGCUGGCUUCAUCAUAUUCUUCCUCACUUUACUAACGUAUGGUGUUGCCAUCCCUGCUGGCCUGUUCGUUCCCAAUAUCAUGCUGGGAGCCUGCUUUGGUCGACUCUUCGGUCUGUGGGUCGGCGACUGGGCCUCCAACCCUGGUGUGUACGCUGUUAUGGGCGCUGCUGGUAUGAUGGCUGGCUUCACUCGUAUGACCAUCAGUCUUACAGUCAUCGUCAUUGAGCUAGUCGGAGACCUGCGGCUCCUCCCUGCAGUGAUGGUCACUGUGGUGGUGUCGAAGCAAGUGGCUGACAUGUUCAACAAAGGGGCAUACGAUAUAGUGUCUGAGCUACGUGGAUAUCCCUACAUUGAGGAGCUCAGCAUCUACGAUGAGCGUAACAUGGCUGGCAAGGAUGUGACAUACCGGAUGUCGACGGCGCCACUGUCUGGUUUCGGCGAGGUCGAGACAUUGGGUAGAAUCCAGGAGGUCCUCUCGACCUGCACUCACAAUGCAUUUACUAUUGAGGAUAGCAGCCAUAGACUGCUCGGUAUAGUGAUGCGAGCUAAUAUCGUUGACUGGGUGAAAGCUCAGGGCGGCGCUGUUUCCGCUUCUUCCCGGUUGAACUUGCUAGACAUGACUAAUCGUACUCCAACGAUAGUUUCCGAAUUGACACCCCUAGCCCAGGCCUAUACUAUAUUCCGUAACCUGGCUCUCCGACAUAUGAUCGUUGUAGAUAAGGAUGAUGCCAAUCAUGUAGUGGGUAUAGUUACUCGGAAGGACAUCGUUGACAGUAUGGAAGAUGCUGCUGAUGAGUUUGGGAAACCUGGGAAGAGCGAUGACACUGUGUCGCAUUCUUCCACUGCCGCGGCCUCCCGAACAAGUAUUAUUGAUGAUGUUUUGUGA